CGUUGACAUUUCACUAUUUUUAGGUUACCCGUUAUAAAUUUUGCAUUUUUACGAAAAUGGCACGCACCAGUUACAAUUUACUCGAAUUAGACGUCGACAAGUUGUUUGAGGAUCACAAAAUUGAAGAAAUUAUCGAAAUAGAGAAACUACUUGAUGCGGAAAUCGAGCGGAAACGGGUGGAACUUCGCUCCAUGGUUGGAGACCGCUACAAAGACGUCUUGGCCGCGUCCGACGCUAUCAAAAACAUGAAAACAAUCUCGCAACAAAUCGUAGACAACAUCCAACACAUCACCGAUAUUUGUGGGGAUUUGAUCGAAAGUAGGGGCGAAAACCCCCCCAGAGUGCUACAUGAGAUAGACAAGGAAAGUAACGAAGAAAGAGUUUUAAUUGUCCAAAUAAGACUGGCGAUAUUUAUGAAUGAACAGAUAUGGACCGCACUUGAUGGGGGCGAUAAUCUAACAGCCGCACAAUUCUAUUUACUAGCACAACAUAUUCACAUGGGUUUGAGUCUAACAAAGAGAGAAUAUUUAGAUAAAUUGCCCCUUUUGAAACAAAUCAAAGCCAAUUUGGGGACCCUACGAGACCAGAUUUUCGAUCGAAUUAAACAAAAGUUGGAGUUUGUGGAAAUUACGGCCGAGGAAACUAGCAGUAAUUUAAACGCGUUGCUCUUCCUCCGAAACCAAAGCGCCACCGAUUUGUUGAAUAUUUUCAUAGAUCACCGUAAAAUUGCCCUAAACACGGUCAUAAAUUCGUCACACGCUAGCGUGAGGGUUCAGAUAAGUGCAAUGGUGCGGUGUCUCAUCACCACAAUACAUUUACUACACGACUGUUUUAUGUGUUUUGGUAAUAGUAAAAAAGGCUUGAUUUGGCAACAACUUGAAAACAUCGUUGAAGAUGAGUCAAUUCCGACGUUAUCAAAGACCGAGUUACCUAUAACCCCCCUUGUUGCGUAUAUACCGGAUGUUAUCAAGCAAUUUCGGCCGAAAUAUAAAAGUCUUGUGGGGGAAUCAGCCCCCGAAAAUGUUAAAUUGGGUGAGUGGUUGGGUAGUACGAAAGAAUCGGUUCGGAAAGGGUUGGAGAGUUCGUUGAAGCUUGUAACUAAUGUAAAGGGGCUGCAUAUUAUUCGUGAAGAGGCGUUAAAAAUAGAAUUGCCAAUUGAUUGGGAUAGGAUAUGUUCCGAGUCAAAUUUACCGGAAAAUUUCAACGUCUGGUAUUAUUUUUUCCAAAAUUUGAUCACGAAACGUGCCAGUGAGUUGAUUUCAAAAAAAGUCUCCUCUAUUAUUAAAGACUUAGAAAACGAAAUUAGGGGAGUUUUGAGUGGUGAUUUAGAGCACAGCGAGACUGACCUCAGGUGGUACACCUGGGUGGAGGACCCCACCGACGUCAGCCGAACUGAAAACAAACACACAGGUUUAUCGAUGAAAACCUUGGGCUACUCGCAAAACGUCGUAAAUCUUUGCGAAAAACUCGACGAGAAAUAUUUCGAAUUGUUGGUGGACGUGUCUCAGUAUUUGUACGGCAAAGACCUCACCGACGACGUAACUAUUUUCCCACAAUUGAAAAAUAAGAAAAAGUUUGUGGAUAGAGAGGAGUUGGAGAAUCACCUUCGAAUUGAAAGUACAAAAAAUGCAACGGCCUUAACAGUAUUUUUGCACGAUUUUAUCACAAAUGGGGGCCACAGUGUGGCAAUGUCGCUGAUUUGUGCCCGAUUUUUGCAAGCGGUGACCAAUUUGUGCCCCCAUUUUACCAAGUGUUGCACGACAGAGGACUGGACCCGGAUUUGUGGACAUUUCACCAAGUCCAGUGUCCAGUUUUGGGACAAUUGGAUCGAGAGUUGUGUCCAGGAGACAGACAAGACGGCGAGGGGGCUGUUCAGUGACGUCAGUGUGUGUUCCAUGAUUUCUGUCCUUUUGAGGUGGGAGUCGAUCGAAAUCCAGGAGCAAACCGACGAGAAAGUCUUCAAAUCGCAGAUUAAGGUCCCCCUUAAGCCCUCCCUGACCCUCCACCACCUUUUCAUGAAACUCAACGACGACCUUAGUCACGUCCUCCCCCACACCCUCCCCAAGCAAGUCCACUUGAAAUUCAUCGAGAAAAAUAUGGAAACGGUCCUCCACCACUACAAACUCCUCCUUGACCACAAUUUGAAUCAAAAUCAGGCCCUCCAACUCCUCUUCGACGUGAAAUUCCUCACGACUUUCAGUAUCCCGAGAGAAAAUUCCACUUUGGUUUCCUUGUCGCAAGAAAUCUGUGAUAAACUACGGGGGAAAAUCGACCCGUUUGACCUCGACGUGUUCUACGCCUACUUGCAGAACAACGUCAAAAGGGCAGUUUUGCAAUUGCAGGUCAUCAUGGGGUGUCUUUUGCCCAAUUCGGCCCAAUUGGCCAAUUUGGGGGUGGGGGAGAAGUUCAAGGACCAGGAGAAGGAGCCGUCGGUGAUGGCCUUGAGCGUUCCUUCGGUGGCUUUCCCCCUGUUUUGCACUUUUGCACACCAAAUGCCGGUGCAGAAAGCCCCAAUGGUGGACGUGCAAGAAGUGAAGAUUUGCAGUCAAGGGUUUACGAUUUAAGGGUUUCUUCGCCAAAGCCGACGAAAACGACACCAAAAAGGUCGCAAGACGCCACGGCAGCGAUCCGGUCUAGUGCAGCCGCCUUGUUCGGGGGCCUAACAACAGACUGGUUUUCAUAGCAGUGUCAUACUCCCACCUCCAAAUAUUAUACGUUUUUGUACUUGUAAAUAUGUAUUCAUAAGCCUUAAAAAUAGACAAAUAAUAUUUAAUAA